AUGAUACUUCGAUCUAUACUGCAACGUAGCAAAUUUGCUAAUACUUUAAAUUGCUUCAGAAGAUUUCACACAUUCCCUUUGCUGUUUAACUCGAAUAAUGGCGAUGCUAACUCAUCUGUCAAGAUUCCAGAGCUUCCUAGAAAAGGAAAGGCCAAGCAAUUGAUACAGGUUGUUAAUGAUACAGAGGAACAUACUAUCAAAAAAAGCUGGAGAGAUGAUAAAAACUUACCAGAUUGGAAAAGGCAGAAAUUAGCCUUGAAGGAGAAACUAAAAGGUGAAAAAUGGAAUCCCAGUAAGAAAUUAUCAAGAGAGCAAAUGGAAUCUGUGAGGCUUUUAAAAAGACAAUUACCUAAUUUAAAUGCCGGAGAUAUUGCAGCUCAAAUGAAGGUAUCUCCAGAAGUGAUACGAAGAAUUCUAAAGUCAAAAUGGGAACCUUCAGAGAAGGAGUUAGAAGAUAUUCAAAGAAGGUGGAAAAAAAGGUCAGAACGAAUCAUAGAUUUGUAUGAAAAGGGACUGAUUGGUGAUAAAAUGGGCACUCUACCAAUAGCUCGUAAAGUAAUAAUAAAAGGUGGAAAUAGCACAGGAACGUUUAGAGUUAGGAGGACAAAGGAUAGUGUAAUGAGUAUUUCAAGUACAAAAAAAGGGAAACAUAGCGAGGAUAAAGAUAUUUUGAAAGCUAAAAACAAAUUGCACUUAUUAAUGAAGAAGUAG